AUGGGCGGCGGCGACAGCAGCAGCAGCAGCCGCGGUAGCGGCGGCAGCGGCAGCGGCAGCGACAGCAGCAGCGGUGGCAGCAGCGUCGAUGACGGCGGCAGCGACAGCAGCAGUGGCAGCGACAGCGAGACGGAUCUCCCGGCGCUCUGUGGGCCAGAGGCCCGGCGGCUCGCCCGCUUCGACAAGCCGGCGGAACUCACCAGCCGCCGCACUAGGGAGAACCCUCGCCGAAAUCCGAGGUACGAGUCGCCCCCGUCGCCGCCCACAUCGGCCCCGUCGCCGACAAGUGCCGAAGCCCUGCUCGCCUCGGUGGCGAGCCUGCCCGACAGCAGCACGGAGGAGUUCACCCGCUGGAUGCUCUCGGCAGUACUUCACGUGGCGGAGGGGCUAGAGGCGAGGGUGGUGCGAGAGUUGCUGUCCGAGCGCGCGCAGGAGGCCCACGCUGCGCGCCAAGAGGCGGAGGAUUUCCUGCUGGGUACGGUGGACCUCAUGCUCAACUCGCCAGACUUUCGAGACGGCUCUGACGUCCCACGAGCCAAGCAGUGGGGGUACCACGCUGCUGAUACGCUAGUCGAGAACGGGUUCGAGCAAUGCAAGGCGGACCCGUGUGUUUUCCGCAAGAUGGUAGACGAAGUCGUGGUGAUGAUUAUCGUGAUUUAUGUGGAUGACAUUUUGGUGGCUGGGUCUGACGAGGAUUGCGAGGAGUUGCUUGCUUCUCUCAACAAGAAAUUUCCCACCAAAAACCUUGGAGAGUGUCAAUGGUUUGAUGGGUGUGCCAUCGAGAGAGAUGUAGAGGCUGGGACUCUUAGAAUCUCCCAAACCGCGUAUAUCGACAGCAUGGUUGAACGCUUCGAUGUGAAAUCAACUUCCCGCAUCCCCGCUACCCCUGGUGCCGAUCUAGGGCCGAAGCGAGAGGAUGAAGAGGGAGGGGAGUGGCCGGUGAGGGAGGCCAUCGGCAGCAUGAUGUGGGUGUCGACUUUCUCGCGUCCAGACGUCUCGUUCGCCGUGCGUGCGGUAGCGCGCCACGCCCACGCCCCGGCGAAGCGGCACUGGGAUGCCAUACAGAAGAUCCUCGGCUACCUGAAAGGGACGAGGGACCUCGGCAUCACCUACCAACGGGGAUCGGGGUUAGGGCUGGCCGUGUACGUAGACGCUAGCUACGCCGACACGGAGGAUAGGCGUUCGGUGUCAGGGUUGGCGACGACGGUUGGAGGUACCGUAGUCAGCCAUGGUAGCAAGACGCAGAGCAUCGUGUCUUUGUCUUCGACGGAAGCCGAGUACAUUGCUGCCGGGGAGGGCGUCGAGGAGGCGUUGUUUUUGCGUGCUGAGCUUUCGUUUGUUGCCCCAGAGACCAGUGGUAGCAGCAUCCAGGUCCUUGAGGACAACCAGGGGGUCAUAGCGUUGGUGCAGAACCCUCUCAGCUCAGGUCGCACGAAACACAUCGACGUGUGGUU